AUGUCUGCACCAUCUUCUAGCAAUCCUUCCAACAAUUGCCCAAAUGACAAGGUUAGAAUAUUUAUUCGUUCACCCACUACACCAUCACCCGAAGGCUUCUCCGUGCUGACUAGUUCCGACUCGUCGGUUCUGGCACUGAAACAAGCUAUAUACGAGACUCAUCCACAAAAACCCAACGUUAGAGACCAAAAGUUAAUUUAUAGGGGGAGAGUGCUGAAUGAUUCAGACACGAUAAUAAAUGUUUUGAGAAAUGGACUAGAAACAGAUCAAAUAUUUCAUUUAGUUGUCAAACCCUCGUUUCAGGCGAUUGCUGAAACAACAGGGAUUCCAAUCUCCCCACCUAAUUCAAUUUCGUCUUCUCAAAACAUUCGACUUUCUCAAGAAAAUACCUCCAACACAACCAAUCCACGAACAAAC